AGAGUGAGAGAGAGAGAGAGAGAGAGAGUGUGUGUACAGAUGCUCAAAUCUUUCAUUCAUUGAUGGAAUGAUGGAGAGACGGAGCGACACGUCUUUCUCACGGAAGAGGAGUUUUACGUUCGGGGCAUAUGGAGGGAUUGACCGGUUCAUCGGUGACAGUGAGAGCAGCAUUCUGGACAUUUUAGACUCUCCGUCCAGUGAAACUAAACCACUCGUCCCCACCAACCUCACCAACCCCUCGAACCCUAACCAGAAGGUGACAGAGUUGUUUGAGAUCAUCGAGAAACUGCAGGGCAGCAGGUUAGAUGAGCAGCGCUGUGAGUUUCCUCCACCAUUUAAAUCGCGGUUGUUGAGGAUAGGGGACGGUCUGCCCCUCAUUCUGCCCCCGAAAUCUGGAGGCUACUGGAUGGACCCUCCUCUAGACAGACGUGUGGAGACGAGUCCCACUUCACCCAGUCCCUCCUUCGGCCUGGAGACCUAUGACAUCAUGGAGCGAGACAGCGAGGCCAAGAUCUACCAGGAGUUUUUCAGACACAGGUACCAUCACUCCUUCACUGCAGUCGAUCCCUCACUCGGGGCACUCGUUCUCUCCGUCUGUCUAGAGGAGGAGGAGAACCGUCUGAGGGUCAUUCUCAGGAUGAACGAGUGCUCUCUGCACGCCACCUUCUCCAUCUUUCUCUUCCAGAACUUUCCUACAGCUGUGGAGCUCGCAAAGAUGCUGUGUGCCAGCGUCACUGUGUCCAACUUUGAAGUGGUCAGUUACCUGAAGGCUCCAGAGCUGAUUACAGCGUUUGAUGAACACAGAGUGUCUCAAAACUUCAAAUUUGGGGUUUUAUAUCAGAAGGAAGGACAAUUAACAGAGGAGGAGAUUCUUAGCAAUAAUGAGGAGAGUGAGGAGUUUAAACACUUCCUGUCUAUUCUGGGACAAACUGUUAAACUACGAGGAUUCACCGGCUUCAGAGGGGGUCUGGAUGUGUCACAUGGCCAAACAGGAAGUGAGGCGGUGUUUACUUCCUUUCAUGGCCGUGAAAUCAUGUUCCACGUAUCAACUAAACUACCUUUUACAGACGGAGACACACAGCAGCUCCAGAGGAAGCGACACAUAGGAAAUGACAUCGUGGCCGUGGUGUAUCAGGAAGGAAGAACACCUUUUCUUUGUGAUGUCAUCAGCUCUCACUUCCUGCACUGCUUCAUCGCUGUGAGGAGGGUCAAACGAGAAAACGGGGCAGAUGGAGGUGAUGGGGGGGCAUUUCAGGUGUCCAUCACAGCCAGGGAGGAUGUGCCCCCGUUUGGCCCGUCUCUCCCAAACCCUCCCAUAUUCACUGAGGGUUCUGUGUUCCGAGAGUUUCUUCUGACCAAACUGAUCAACGCAGAGAUUUCAUGUUACAGAGCCGAGCGCUUCAGCAAACUGGAGUUGCGCACUCGUUCCUCUCUGUUGGAGGCACUGAGGUCUGAGCUGUCCUCACGCUCCCAGUGCAUGAUGGGAAACUCAGCACCACUCACCAGCACAGUGGCCCCGCCCCCAGAGGCGGGAGGAGGAUUCAUUGAGAACUUUAAAAGAGCUAUACGGGUGCGCAGUCACUCUUUUGACACUCUGGGGGUUGUGAAAAAGACAGGAGGCCAGAAACCACGGGACGCUGAGAGGUGAGUUGCUUCUGGAGAAAAGUCCUGGGUCACUAAAACUGCCCUGAUUUACAUUCAUGAUGAAAUAAAACAUGUCUGCUGUCCCACAGUGAAGCCGGACACUGCAGCCCACAGGAAGAGGCCUGACAGCCGGGACACCUCACUUCCUGUCCGAGAGGCAAUACAGAAGACACUCAUGACCCUAGGGACAUCUGAACUUUCUAGUUUUUAGGACGUUAGCGUUAGCAUAUGAGAUUAAGCGGACACAGUGGCUUUAUGUUGUUGUAAUAUAACAUAAACAUAUCUUUAUGUUUGUUAUAUUACAAACUAAUGUGUGAAUAUUUUAAUAUGAGGAAUGUGACACGCGAUAAAUAAUGAACACAGUUAGAUUCACUCAAAUUUAUAAUCAUUUCCAGUGAAUAAAAGAGAAGGGAAUCACGUGACCUGUGUGUGUUUUCAACCUGAAUUAUUACAGAAAUCACUUUUACACCUUCACACUCUGUCCCACACAAAAAUAUAUGCCCUUAACUCAUUUAAAUAAUACAAAUAUGCUCCAAAAACACGUUAGCACAACAACAUGCUAAUCAGAUCUUUUACUGUUCAAUAUUCUGGAGUGACCAGUGUCCGGUGUAACUCUGGCUGGACAUGGAGCAGUGAAACGCGUCUCUGAAGCGCCACCUGCUGGACAAACUGAUGCCUUAUACUCUCGGUGUAUUUCAUACAUGGUCGUUCUUUAAAUAAAUAAUUCAUUAAUAUUAGGAAUUUUAUUUAGUAAGAUUUUCUGUUCUUCUGUUUGAACAAAAAGCGAAUUGUCCUCGAGCUGCAACAGAAGCUCCACUCGCCCCCUGGUGGUCACUCCACUUACUGCUCCACUCUUACACACACAAUCCAUCUGUACUGCAUACAUUAAACGACUAGAGCUGAUUCUUUUUCGAGUCACAGCCACAUCAUGUGAGUCAGGAGUGUCCAGUCUUUUCCACAAAGGUCCACUGUGGUGCAGGUUCUCAUUCCAAUCCAGCAGAAGCCACACCUGAGUCCACUGAAAGCGGUCAGUUGAUUAAACAGGUGAAGCAGGUGAGAUUCCUGCACGAUUGGAAUGAGAACCUGCAGCACACCGGACUUUGUGGAGAAGACUGUCAUCAGAUAUAAUCCACAUCACUUUCUCUCUUUUCUGCUCCACUGUCUCUGUUUUCUGACAAAAGUGCUCAACAAACUCACUAAUCUAAAGCCCACGUGACCUCACCUGAGCUCAUGCCCCACCCCUUGCUUCAACCAGUCAGCACAGGACUGAACCAGCUGAACCAAUCAGAGCUCUCUCAUUAACCAGGUUCGGAACACACUCUCUCCUGGAGCCGAGAUGUUCAGAAUUGCUGUGUGUGUUGUGUGUGUGUGUGUGUGUGUUUGUGUUUGUAAACAUUUAUUCAUGAUUUCCGAUGUAAAUAUUUGAACUGACUAGUGAGCUGAUUUUCCUACAGCUCUGAAACCUUUAAUAAAAUUCUUCUCUAGGUCAUUUUAUCAUUUCUGUUUCUAUUUUUAUUGUACUGGAAAAGCAUUUCACUCCAUCGCAGUGUGUGUGAGUGUAUGUGAGACAAAUAAAAUGUGGAUCUGAAUUUAUUCAUUUGUAAAGGAAG